CCAAAAGCGAUUUUCUUGAAGCAACCUUUCUUAGGAUAGGAGGCGACCACGAUUGGUAAUGGAGGCUGCGCUCUUCUCGCCCUCUUCACUCUUCCAAGAAGCAGAAGACCACGACGAACAAGCUGACGGCUGCCAAUCCCCUUCUGAGCAGACCUUUGUUGAGAGAAUCCAUACUUUCCCUGGAAUGGAUUUGAAGAUUCGUGAAUUCUCGUUUCAUCAUCUAAAUGCUAAUCUACUUUGGCCUGGAACAUUUGCAUUUUGUGACUGGUUGGUUCAACAUAAAUCUCUUUUAAUAGGGCGAAGAAUUUUGGAAUUGGGAAGUGGAACCGGAGCUUUGGCCAUUUUCUUGAGGAAAUCAUUUGGAGUUGACAUCACUACCUCUGAUUUUGAUGACAAGGAAGUAGAAGAAAAUAUAGCGUAUAACUGCAGGGCCAAUGAGCUAGAGGUGCUUCCCCACAUUGGACAUUCGUGGGGUGAUGUUUUCCCAAGUGAUGAAGUAGAUUGGGACUUAGUCAUUGCUAGUGAUAUCUUAUUAUAUGUGAAGCAGUACCCAAAUUUGAUUAAUACGCUGAUCUUCCUUCUUAAAUGCUACAAGCAACAAGAUGGAAAAGCACUCCUUGGGAGCCCCUUUGCCUCAGAAUUAGCAGAUGCAUCAGGGAAGGUCAUACAACUUCAGCAACCGGCAUUUUUGAUGAGUUGGAAGCGGAGGCUUGGAAAGGACGAGCAAUACUUCUUCGACGGAUGCCACGAUGCGGGGUUGGAAGUUGUACAUCUGGGAUCUCGUGUGUACUACAUAACACAAAGAAAAACUCAGUGAUGUAUCUUUUGGGACUGACAUGCAUGUGCCUGUUUGUGAAUGAUCUUGGCAUGCCUAGAAGCCCAAUCAUUUUAGAUGUGAGAAGCUUUGGAGGGUUUUUGUGCUAUUUUAAUGACUAUAUGCUUCAGGUGCUGAAAUGAAACUUAUUACCAUACAAAUGUUUUCCUCUCAUCAUGUAAUGGAUUGUCUAGUAUUUUUAUCUAUGCAAGCAUCAACGUUGAUGAGCUUGUUUUUCCCA